GCGUGUAAACGAAGAACUAAGCCUGGUUUCUUACGCCGGGUCCGUACAAGUUAAAAGCGACAUCAUGCGAGAAGACCUACCACCGGCGCCGAUCCGCGACCUGGUUGUCUCGGAGGCAGAACUGAACGACGAAGAGAUGACGGCGACGCUGUCCUGGACCUCUAUGGGUGCCUACCUUGACAGUGGCCAAGCUCAAGCCGUGGAUAUAAGGGCGGGUUCGCACCCCCGCGUCCUGCUCUUCACGUUCAACAACGCGACGCCGAUUUCCGAGGAGGACGUUCUAGAAGGAUCGCUGGAGCCCCUGGAGCCUUACAAGCCACAGAAGGUGAAGGUCAAGCUUCCUGAAGAGUUGGUCUCACGGGCCCAAGGCAGGCCGAACAGCAUUUAUCUCGGCAUGCGCACGCUGAAUGACAAGGGUCGCGCUUCCUCGGUGUCCAACAUCGUCCCGGUGACGAAUAUCAAGUCGCCAAAGCCGGCCCCGCCGACGGUUCGUCCUCCGCAUCUCACGUGGAAACCCAGACCUCACCCGCCGGAAGGCAAGACGGCCGUCCCGCCACCGGGUCAGGAGACCUCAGACGAGACUCCCGAUACGGUGUCCAUGUCCGAGAAGAAAAAGACGUCUUACGUUCCGCUCUUGCUGGGUCUUCUGGGAGCGUUCCUGGUGGCUAUACCGUCUUGGCCAUAGGUCUCUACACGCUCGUGGGAACCGGAACUGUCUUCGAAGGAACACAGGGAGUGACAUCGUGGACGUUAUUGUGAUCGAGACCAAGGAAAGAGACGUUUUCAAGUCUGUGGCAUCUGGGCGGCGCCAUCUUGCUGCUGGUGUGAAUAGAUCGUCUAACAGUCAAGCAUAGCCGAGGCCGCAAGUACGCCUCAGCAAUGCUGGACUAAAUAUCAGACGAUAUACCCACACCGGCAGGAAGAUGGCGGCGCCCAUGGGGGCCGUACUUGCAAACGUCUAUACUCCGUUUCACUUUGAGUCCGAUUGCAGCCGA